AUGUUGCAUUCAUUUAUUCUCUCCAGAGCUUCUCGUAGUUUGUGUUGUGCCUUGCUCCUUUUUGCUUCCCUCGUGACGUCUUCGGCGGUGACGAAUGGCCGCGGGAAAUGGGAGAAACGUAUUGAAAAUGAGUAUGAUUACAUCAUUGUCGGAGGUGGAUUAACGGGUCUCGUCGCUGCGCAUCGGUUAUCAGAGAAUUCGCGUGUAUCCGUCCUCGUCCUCGAGUAUGGAGUUAUUGAUCGAAGCGAUGCCACCAAAAUUCCAUACAUGGGCACUUUCUUGAAUUUCCCAAAUAUGUUCAACAUCACAACUGCUCCAGAGCCUGGUCUUGAAGGGAGAAUCUAUUCAAUCAGAGCUGGCUCGGUUGUAGGUGGUGGAACAACCGUCAAUGGCAUGACAUACGACAGAGCAUCAGCUGCCGAUUACGACUCCUGGGAACAACUUGGGAAUCGAGGCUGGGGAUGGCAAGGUCUCCUUCCGUAUUUCAAGAAGAGUGCACAGUUCACACCUCCGCCGCAGGAGGUCGUUGAUGAAUACGAGUACACCUAUGAUCAGUCCGCCUACGGUAGCCGCAGCCCGUUGAAGAUUACGUACCCCCACUGGCAAGCCCCAGACCUCUAUAAGAUGUCCGAUGCAUUUACUGAGAUGGGAAUCCCCUUCCGCAAUGAACACGCUAGCGGGGACGCGAUCGGCAAGUUUUGGGCUCCCGCUUCCAUCGACGCCAAAACCAUGACGAGGUCGUCUUCGCUGACGGCUUACUAUGACACUGCCAGCUCCCGCGAUAACCUCAAGUUACUCACUGAGCAUCAAGUCAUCAGUCUCACUUUUAACGAAAACAGCAACAUCGUAUCAGGGGUAAAAGCUAUUGACAGAAAAACAAAUAAAGAGGAAACUUUCCGUGCUAAAAAGGAAGUCAUUCUGGCCGCAGGAGCUAUCCACACUCCUCAGCUGCUGCAACUGAGCGGCAUUGGGCCCAAAGCAGUUGUAGAAGCCGCUGGCAUCACUUCCAAGAUUGACUUACCUGGUGUCGGAAGCAAUUUCCAAGAUCACCCGGUCGCUUACUUGAACUGGAGGGUUGCCAACAACUUCCCGGAGCCAAACGCCAUAGCGAUAAACGCCACCUUCGCUGGGGAAGCGCUGGAGCUAUACAAUAAUCUCAAGACUGGCCCGUACACCAAGGCGCAGGCUAGCAUGAUUGCAUUCCUAACCUUGUCCAUGAUCACCGACGACGUCGAUGCUCUGAUCAAGAGCCUGAAUGAACAGAACUCAGCCACUUAUCUUCCCACUGUGUACUCCAACAGCGCUCUUCUGGUCGGAUUCGAAGCUCAGCGCAAUAUCCUCGCUAAGCAGCUUAAAGAAGGCUCCGUCGCAGCGAUGGAGCUACCAAUCUCGGGUUCAGGGUCGGUCCCCAACUCGAUCCAAAAGCCUCUCAGCCGUGGAACAGUCCACCUCAACCCCGACAACCCUCGUGGCGAACCUAUCGUAACAUACCACGCCCUCAAAAACCCAUUCGACCGCGCCCUAAUAGCUACCUUCAUCAACUUCACGCGCCGCUACUUCAAAACCACAGCCCUCGCCAGCCUGAAGCCCGAAGAAGUCUCGCCCGGCGUAGAGGCGCAAACAGAGGAUGAAAUCAUCGCGAAACUCAUUGCAGGCGGUCCACUGUCAUUCGGCCCCUCGUUCGCGCAUCCCAGCUGCAGUUGUCCCAUGAUGCCCCGGGCCAAGGGAGGCUGCGUUUCUGCGGAUUUGUUGGUGUACGGAACGAAGAGGCUUAGCAUCAUCGACGCGUCCAUCAUGCCCAUUAUCCCCGCUGCUCAUUUGCAGGCGAGCGUGUAUGCCAUUGCGGAGAAGGCGGCGGAUAUUAUUAAGAGGAGAGGUUAG